AAGCAUGGCCAUUGAAGGCUAAACCAGAAUCACUUACUAAUUAUGUGUGUCUACGAGGCUCAAAAGAUAAAAAAUCUCCAAAAAAAUUAUCCUGCAAAAAUUCAACGAUUCCUUCAUGUGUUCCCCAUGAAUUACAAAAUUUGACUCAAGUUGAGGAAAUGUUAAUUGCCUGUGCUCUUCCUAUCAUGAGGGUCUAUAUUAAACCUGGUGGUCAACGAGGUUAUUCAGGGCAUUGUAUCAAUUUACCCCAAAAUGUUACUGAACUUGCAACACACUUGCCAAGAUACCAAAAAGACUUGGCUGUGAUUAAUGUCAAGGUGAAGGGUAGAGAGAAUACCUUUAAAGAUGUGACAGUGCGAAAACAAAAAGUGCACAAUGCUUUAGUUUGGCUUAUCAAUAAUAACCCAUAUUAUUCUGAGCUAUUAAUUAAUGAAGAUGCGUUAAACCUAUUACCUGAGAAUGGUGUACCACCAGAUCUUAGGACUGAUGAUGAUAUAGUCUCGGAUGAGAAUUUGGCACCUGAUGUAUGUCCUCAUACUGAUAACCCCUCAGAGGAUAUUGUUUAUAAUGAUUCUGCUGAAAUGAGUAGUUUUUUACCUGUUGGUGAACAACAACAACAGGACACCAACAACACCAACAUUUUUUACUCUCUCUUCUGCAGAUAUGCAUUGGCCUGAGCUACAUGCUUUAUUUAAAGCUGAUGCUAAUAGUAACAUUAACAAUUUUACCAGUGACGUAAGACGACAAAAUGUUAUUAACGAUCCUCAUAUUGUAGAUUGGUUUUUCACUCAAAGGUUAGAAAGCUUUGUAAAACACUGGCUGUAUGACACCCUUGGUGCCAAAUGGCGCUGGUUUAGAUAUGAAUACCAAGGUAGAGGUAGUAUUCAUUGUCAUGGUACUGCUAAACUAAACAAUGAUCCAGGUUGUGUCAACUUACUCAAACUGCUUUAAAGGGUUUCUUAGCUCAAAAAUUUAAAGAUGAGAAUGACUCUCUUGAUACAACAUGUGAUUGGUUGUUAUCAACUACCAAUCCUAAUCCACCAGAUGAGGACAUGUGGAUAAGACCCGAGGUUCAUCCAUGCCAAAGAAGUCAUGACAUUCCUGAACAUGAAAAACAAUCAGAUUAUGUAGAUUUAUUAAACAUGGUUCAACGACACACACAUUGUAGUACAAGCUAUUGUCUUAGAGAAAAAAGUCAAGUGAAACAGAAUUGAAAUGUAGAUUUCACUUCCCUUUUGAUCAUUGUUCACAGACAAAUUAGAAUUUGAAAAAAUUCACACUUCAGGUGAUAAUGAACAUUAUAGAGCCAAAAUUGUGACUAAAUGAAAUGACUGUAGGUUAAAUAACCAACAACAACUUCAACUCCAAGGAUGGAGAGCUAACUGCGAUAUUCAAGUUGUUAUUGAUCACUACGCUUGUGUUGAGUAUCUCACAAAAUAUGCAGCUAAAGGUGAACCAAGGUCACCUAUAUUAAAACAAGCAUUUAACUCUAUUGUGCAAAAUGUUGACAGUAAUACUGGCCCUCGCAGAGCUAUUAAGAAGAUAGUUAUGAAAUCUCUUGGUGAAAGAGAUUAUGCAGCUCAGGAGACAAUGCAUCAUUUGUUGUCAUUGAAACUACAUAGCUCAUCAUUUAAAGUUAUGCCAGUAAGUUUCAACGGUUCACAUAGAGUGUGUGAUACAGCAUCCAUUGAGGGAGAAUCGUGCACUGAUUAUUCACUUUGUGCGUUUGAAACAACACCACUCGAAAUUGCUACUUUUCGACCCGAUGGGAAUGAGUUAAUUAAAGAAAAUUAAAAUGCAUUUCUAAAAACUACAAAAGUACUGUACAACUAUUUCAAAUUUGAAAACUAUUUCAAAUUAUAGUAUCUUCAUUGUAGAAUUGAAGUAAACGUUGUUUUGUCUGAAAAGCUAUUUCAACAGUGCAAAAAAUGCAAAACGUCAUCAUUGUUUUAAUUUUCAUGCUAAAUUUUUUUCAUGUAUCUUUUUUGCAUUUCCCAAAUAAUCACCUGUGUAUUCAUACUAAAAAUAUUAUUCGCCCUAGGCUCAACUUUGUCUCGGUUAUUAUUCAUUGAUAUUCACCUCGCCUUUGGCAAAUAAUUGUUAAAUAUGAUACUUACUUUACCCAAAGAGAAAAAUAAUUAUAAGGCAUGAUUAUGUAACUACUGUAAAUGCUAUUGACAAAAAGAGUAAGGCAAAAUCUGCAGAAUAAUAACCAGUACAAAUUUGCAUUUUUGCAGGUACAUUGUGGAUUUUUCUAAGUUAAAAUUACUAAAGUAUACUGCAGCUCUGCAUACAUGUUUUAUAAAUUUUCAGUUCAAAUUCCUGACCAACAAGUAAGGAAUGCUUAUCUGACACAGGUGCAUAAAAACAUUGAUACUGGUUAUUUGACUCUACCAAAGAGAUAUAUUUCCAGGCUUGUAGAAAUAAACUAAAAAUAUUUACAAAUAUAUUGCUAAUUAUGUAUCGAUCAAUUCGAAACUUCACCAUCCCCCCCCCCGGGCAUACCCCGGGAAUUUGACUUCAAGUCUUCUCCAGGGAGUAGGGAAUUUGACGUUCUAAGUCUUCCAUGUGGUGGGGCAUUUGAUAACGGGGUGGGGAAUUUGAACCGGAAGUCUUAAAAUGUUGCCCGUUUUCGCGUGCUUCCUGCAUGCACAGAAAAUACUUCGUAAUGGCGGCAAAUACAGUUUUCUCAGAUUUCGAGGGAAACGGCCUCAAUUUUGUGAAAAAACUGGCUCAAAGAAACGGGCAUGGAAAAUCUAUGUGUUUUAUUUGAAGGUAUGUACUACAUAACGUGUAAAACUGUUAAAUUUCCACAAGGUAUCCAAACUGUUUACGCGAAUUUCGCUAUCUUGUCGAAAAACAUUUCCGUAUAUUUUGUACUUUUUGUAUUUACUGUUUCAUAAUUUUCAUAUGAAGGUGGGGCAUUUGAACGCUUAAUUUCUUGUUACAGUGGGGCAUUUGAAGACAUUUUUUGCACAGAGGGUGGAGAAUUUGAUCAGUCAAAUUUCAAAAAGUUCAAAUUCCCGGGGUCGGCCCGGGGGGGGAUGGCGAAGUUUCGAAUUGAUCGAUACAUUACUGUAUGUUCUGUUCGUAAUUAAUAACAAUAAUUACUUCAACAUUGUAAACUAUCCAUUGUUUAUAAUAUUAUGUAUCCAGAUAAUAAUACAGUAUAAAUAACAAUUAUACACUGCAAAUGUUUUGUGCAAAAGAUCAUGAUUGUUGAAUUAAGCAAAGCUUUUGAUAAGUCCAGAUCAUUGUCAUAUAAUAUAUGCACUGAUAAUGAUCCAAGAUUACAAAUAGAAAACUUUGCUUAAAAUAAUUAGUUCAUCAAUUAUAUUUUAUUUAUAGUUACUGUACAUUGGCUGAAAAGCUUCCAAUUUAGAUUCAUUAAUGAUAAUCAUUGUUCUGAAAACUUUAAUAAAAUUAUCCUGGCAGUUUUGUCAGAAUUGUCCAGUUGUAAUAUACAUAGUUAAUAUAAUAGAGGGUAUGGAAUGCCCGGUCACAUGACAAAAUAACUUAUUGUUCUUUGUCACGUGGAAGCCAAGGUGCAUUGACGAGGUGUUUACCUACUAAAAUCACAUAGAUUAAGCUAAGGGGGACACAAAAUCAUCGUAUUUAGGCACUUUUUUCGCGAUGCCAGGAGUGCAUUGCUCCAUAUUUGGGUUGCGCAGCAAGUCGAAAGCACGUUGGAGUAGGCAUUUUUAAAAUUCCUGCAGAAACAGAUGAAUUAUCGAAGAAAACUUGCGAAGCUUGGAUAAGUGUUAUCACGAAGGACCGCUCUGUGGACGAAAGUUUGCGUCGACAAAUCAAUAACGGAAACCUGUAUGUCUGUGAGAGGCAUUUUAGGCGGAAAGAAGAAUAUGAGUGUUGUAUUAAAGUAUACAUUAGACACCUUACGAUUUUAGGAUAGCAACGCGAUGGCAACGGCUACCAAAUUCCAAUACAAUAGAUCAUUGAAAAGAAUUGAAAAAUUACAAUAUAUGAAUAAUUUAGACUUGUCCUCGCUCUGUUUACAACACCAAAUCACAGAUUUUCACGUCUUGAUACAACGGCUGCAUUUCAAGCCGCAACCAGUGCAACUUCAAACCGGGUUCAGGAGAACUCUACCCAUGUCUUCAACUUCUAAAACUGUAUUAAAUUCAUACGAUUGAUAAUAUACUACGAAUUAUCUUUACUACCAUUUAUUUCAAGGAGUUUGUUUUGGCCGUUGUCGUCGUGUUGCCGUCCUAAAAUCGUAAAGUCUCUAUUAUUAUCUAAGAUGCGACAUUUUAAUACAUAUCAGUGUGGUGUAACCAGUGGGGGUAUAACUCUUUCACAUCACAAGCCAAUCGUCAUUGCGUUGCCGUCCUAAAAUUGUAAGGUCUCUAUUGUUAUCUAAGAUACGACAUUUUAAUACAUAUCAGUGCGGUGUAAGGUCAGGACCUUUAGAGUCGAAAACAAUAGUGCUCUGUAUGUAAAUAUAUAUUUUGGCUGUUUCAAACAUUCAUAGUCAUAUUAAUUUGAAUAAACACCAGUUUGCAUGAGAAUACUCGGUAAAAUAUUACCUUAGCCGAAAACUUUAAAGUGGUGGAUGUAUUUUUGUAUAAAAUUUACUAGUAAGCAGAAUUUUGUGAAGGCUACAAAUGCCUAUUAAUAUAAAUGUAUGUAAUAUAUCUACGAGCUUUACGGAUUAUUAGUGAUUUUUACAGUGUAAAGCGGGAGCAGAUUGGCCAAUGGAACAUAAAAAGGUCUUAAACGUUGCCUUAUGCAUAGGCAAAGUACGAUAGAGUCUUUACAUUUAUCAAAACGUUGUAAAAACAUCGAAAAAAACCCAAUUAAUAUAGAAUUAAUAUAGAUUAUACUAUGAAAUCACCAUGUUAUGCACCUCGACUGUCACAUGAUGCGUCUCUUUGAGUUUAUGUGUUAAUAGGUCACAUGUUGCUUUGAAGUUUGCCGGCCUUCCAGACCCUCUCAUUAUAUUAACUAUGUAAUAUAUCAUAUUUUGAAAUUGCCAACAAUAUUUAUGGUUUGCCCAUUAACACCAAACACAUUCCCCUUGACCAGUAAAAUCACUUGGUGUUUAACGAAGUAAAAUAACAAAGGGCACAUUGUGUCUUGAUAGGUUAAAUAUACCCUUACAAAUUCCAACAAGAAUGUAAAUGAGGCUGUUGGGUCAAAUUAGCCUGUAUUCAAACCACAGGAGAGCCUGUUGCAGGCUAAUUUACACCAACGACCUCGUUUUCAUACUGCCGGAAUGAUCACUAAGGUCUAUUGGCAGUACUAGUAGAUAAUAGUUUAUUGUGAUAGUAUAUAGUGUCAAAAUCCCUACCCCAUUACACUUUUAAUCUUUUAAUACACGACUUCCUCCCUUAAGGGGCUGUUUAUGUGGAAGCGGGCUGGCCCGCGCUUAGCGAGACAGCCCAGUAAGCGAGACUCACUGUGUAGUUAUUUUUAUAGUAAAAAUUACCAAGCGUUUAUAUAGACAAGCGGGCUGGCCCGGUUGCCGAGAUCUUGCUUGCCGGGAUGAAAAUUUGUCCAUAUAAACACUUGCUGGCCCGGUUUAGUGCAGGGAUGAUAGUUCAAAGAUGCCGCCACGAGCUAUUUUUAACAACUGUCAAAACAAUGUUAAAACAACAGAAUUGUCACCGCAAGCGGGAUGAAAUUUUCUCAUAUAAACAGCCUCGCUAAGCAGGCCAACCUGGCUUCCAUAUAAACAGCCCCUAAAAAAAGCUAAAUCAUGUGGCACUAUGCCAACCAAAAUGUGAAGUUGUUUGAUCAUAACAACAACAGUAUAUAUGAACAGGUACUGUAAAGGCAAAUUGAAAAAACAAAUAACAUGCCUUCUACAGCUGACAGAAAACUUUCAUUAUGAUCGGUCCUCACAGGCUGCCAUAUAAUGGGUGAAAAGAACUGUGCAUUAACUUAAUUUCCAUGACACACCUAGGAUCAAUUGAAGUAACAAUCCUUGUAUACUUCAAUUGUCAUUGAAGUCCCCCCCCCCCCCAAAUAUAUCUAGUAAUUCUUACAGGAAAUACAAGAUUUAGUGAUUGUAAUAUCAACAAUUUUACUUACUAUUUUUUGUAUUUUGCAACAGUUUUCACUUUACAUGCCAUACUUUUGGCUGCAGAUUGGAAUAACAUAGAGAGACAAAAUGUUUAUAAUUCAAAACAAAACACAGUGAGCACACAUAAAUUGUAUGUGUUGAAUAGGUUUUUGCAUUUUUGGCAUAAGGACUGAGACAAUUUAACCCAGGCGUUGAGAGAGGUUCGGCUUAUGAUUUUGGGUUUGAUGGCUAUACAUCUACCCAUAAUCUUAUGCCGAACCUCUCUCUAGUCUCUACACCCGGGUUAAAUUGUUACCAUUUGGCAUAAGGUGGACACUAGUCACAAGAUGUUAACUUCAAAUAGAUCCCACUUGUGACUGUUUACAAAUUUUUAACAUGAUGCUUACCAAGCAAGUAAUAAAUUGUUCACUAUUCAUCUUCCUGGUUAAUGACAGCUUUUGAAGUCUUAAGUCCAAAGAAAAAUCCUCCCUGUCGUAUCGCUGAACAUAAAAUGUAAGUGCCAGUUUUUCUUGCUUGACAUUGUAGUCAAAAAUCAGUGGCGUUGACUUUCCCACAACUAUGGCUGCCCUUCCAGAAUACCGUAGCAGUGUGCACCCAUUUUCCUUGACUUUGGUGAAGUGCCUUUUCUUCAAAAAAUUAUUCCCACCAAAUCUAACCGGCGAGAACAUCUUUGACGCUGUCUCGAAUCGGUCAACAGUCACCAACAUUUGAGUCUUGGUGUUCUUCAACGACCCGCUAUACCCAACAGCUAUAUUGCAUAAAUGCAAAAUAUAUUGUAUGGCAAAAACAAUUUCACAGGCAGCAUUAGUCCAGUAUUUCUGGAACAGCCAAGCUUGCUAAAAAUGGAUUUCCCCAAUUCUUGAAGAUACGAGUCGAUUAGAGGCCCAGUAAGCUCGAACUUCUAAGCUCGUUCUUCUAAGAUGGGAUCAAGGUCUCGCAUUCCAUAGUUUGGCUUCGACUUGCACUCCCAUACGGCAUUCAACCACAAAGUCUCCACCGAAACUUUCAUCGCAACUAGUGCAGGGUUCCAAAAUUUUGCCGAUCUCUCUGUGUCAUCUCCAGAUGACCCAAGGUUAAGCGCGGAAAGCACAGCUAUAAUUUUCUUGGCCUCUGAAUUCGCCAUGUUGGAAAGUUUUGGAGGGAAAUCUACUCCCCUGGGUAAUUACCGCUUAUGGUAUCCGAGCCCGCACUUCCGGAGGAAAACUCCUUAGCAACCGACCAUCGUGCAAGAAUAUUUCCAACAUAUUCGCCUAAUCCCAAAGGUCCAAAUUUGGGCCUUUAUUGUAAAUACCAACUUUUGAGGUAUAAACCUUGGAGAACAACCCAAAACAAUGCAUGGGGUGACCAAGAACCAACUGAUGAUAUUUUAAUUAAUUCUUGGCAAGAGUUCUUGCAAACACCUUACAGGUAAUCUAAUGUCCCAGAUUGGUUUGACAAAUUACAAGCUAUCAUUCAAAGUCAAGAACCAGAAGCUGAGCCUUCUGAAGAGCAGCAGACAACUCGAGGAAGAGUGGAUGAUAUUAUCAGACCUUCACACUCCUUUUGACAACUCUGAACAAACACCUGAGUCAACAUAUGACUGGCAUCUUGAUCACGCCUGGCAAAAAGUAGUCCAAAAUCGCCAGAGGUGUUAUAACUUUUUUAAUUUUCAUCCUGAUUGCACGAAAUUUUCCAUAAACAUAGAACAUAUCAUUCUAACAAAUCGUGUAGUUUUUGUUUUUGGAUUUUUUAUUUUUUGGCGGGAAAAUGACGUCACAAACUUGGCGCCAAAAAUUUAAAAAUUAGGAAUGACUAAUAUUAUUUAUUUAUUUGGAAGACCAUGCUGUAGCAAUCUUGAAACUGAAGUCUGUUUCGAAAUAUGACCAUUCGCUGCAAAGAUAGACUGGUUCAAAGUUCGAAAAAUCCGCCAUCUUGUUACUAAAAAUAGAACAAAAUGGCGGAUUUUUCGAACUUUGAACCAGUCUAUCUUUGCAGUGAAUGGUCGUAUUUCGAAACACACUUCAGUUUCAAGAUAGCUACAGCAUGGUCUUCCAAAUAAAUAAAUAAUAUUAGUCAUUCCAAAUUUUUAAAUUUUUGGCGCCAAGUUUGUGACGUCAUUUUCCCGCCAAAAAAUAAAAAAUCCAAAAACAAAAACUACACGAUUUGUUAGAAUGAUAUGUUCUAUGUUUAUGGAAAAUUUCGUGCAAUCAGGACGAAAAUUAAAAAAAGUUAUAACACCUCUGGCGAUUUUGGACUACUUUUUACCGGGCGUGGAUAGAGCCAAUUAUUCAGAACAACAAAUCCAUGAAAUGCCUACAUGGAUAAAAACAAACAAAGAGGAAUACACUAUUGAUGAGCAAUAUGAUGUUGUUGAUAUCAACAGUUUUAGUGAAAUGCAAAAACUUGCCUAUGACAUUGUUAAGUCUCAUUUUGAUGAUACAUCAUCCGAGAAAGAGCCAUUAUGCCUAAUUAUAAAUGGUGUUGCAUGAACUGGUAAAAGUUACCUUAUUAAUGCUAUUAGAAAUAUUUUGCAAAGUAAAUGUGCUGUUGCUGCUACCACAGGUAAAGCAGCCUAUAACAUUAGGUGUCACUGUGCAUUCUCAAUUAAAGCUACCUAUAGGGUUGAGAGGUAAUAAAGACCUAACAGGACAAAGCUUGUGUAGGUUACAAGAGAAUGUUAAUAACAUUGGAUACAUCAUCAUUGAUGAAUACUCCAUGCUUGGUCAAGUUACUUUUGGUUGGAUAGAUAAGCGUUGCAAACAAGCAACUGGUUAUAAUGACAAAGUAUUUGGAGGGAAAUGUUUGAUUUUAACUGGUGAUCCAGGUCAAUUGCCACCAGUAGCAGAUAAACCUCUUAUCAUGCAAAAACCAUCAAACACUGUUGGUGAACAAGGUUAUCAAGCAUAUCACAUGUUUGACAAAGUUGUAAAACUCACUGUAAAUCAAUGUGUGCAAGGUAUGACAUCUGAGCAAGUACAGUUCACAGAUUUGUUAUUACGACUUCACAAAGGCGACUCAACAGUUGAUGACUGGAAGUUACUUCUGACACGUCAACCAUCGAACGUCACUAAUUUAUGUGACUUUGAAGAUUCUACUAGACUCUUUUAUAGUAAUGAACAAGUUGCUAAUUACAACCAGGGCGCUUAUAUAAUGGGCGGUGAAACGGAUAUAGGCACGCUGAUCGAUGUGUGAUGCGGCAGACUGGUAACAAGUCAAGUUAGUUGGUAAAAUAAAUAAACAUGGCGACUGCAAGUUCGGAAUCAUUGUCAAACUCAAAUACGGAGUUUUUCUUAGACGAAGAAGCUGAAAGCGAGCUUACACUUUCCGUCCCACAUUCUAAUUGUGUUGAAUAUUGCAAUAUCUCUGCCAAUAUUACAGCAAGGAGUUUGACAUCGUUUCUCCAAACGCUUUUGCAAGUGUACAAGCCGCCUGCAAAUGAGAACUGUAUUUUAACUUUGGCAGUGGAAGCAGCAUUCAAUGAGAGUAAGUCUGCCCUCGUAGACGAGUUUCUACAGAACAUAUUGUGUUUGUUUGAAGUUUGUUUUAGCCAGGCAGGAGCAGAAAAACACUCUCAGAAAUAUGCAAUAAGCUUAGAAAAGGCAUUUGCUGAAAAACAACGUUCUAGUUUUCACCAUUGUGCAAUUAAAUGGUCAUGGGAGAGAUUAUUUACUAAUACAGCAAGUCAGAGUAGUGAAUAUAAUCAAGCUUCAGAACAGUUGCUGCAGCAAAUUCUUCAGUACUUUUGGUCUUCAAGUAGUAAUAGUUGUAUUACUGUUGAAAGUCCUGAAGAGGAAGGUGAGGAAAGUACUGAAGAUCCUGCUGCUUGUGAUGAGAGUGAUUUCGACAACAUCAAAGAUCAUGCUGGUUGGGUAGUUAAACGAGCUAGGGAGACAUUAAUGAAGGGAGAUAAUAAAAUACCGGCAAAGGAAAGUGUCACAGAGUCGACCCUUGUCUAUGGAGAUAAAGCUGGGGCAUUGGAAAUAAUUUCUGCCUUGGGGAAAGAUGUUAAGCAAGCAGAUGGAAAAUUUAGAUUUAUUGUUCAUGAACAUGUUGUUCCUUUUUUUCUGUUUCUUCAUAAUUUGGUUGAAAAACUCAUUAAUCCUAAUAAUGUUGUGCUUCAAAAGGGAAAUAUCCUGAUUGAUUGCCUUGAUAAAAUGGCCAGACAUAAGGAGCUAAGAGAAAAAUGGGAUCACUUAACAUCAAAGUCAGAUGAAACAUCCGUCAUUGUUCUCCAAAGAAUUGCGACGUUCUUUGUUAAAUCGAAACAGCAAAUACUUAGAGAAAAAAGGGGCCUAAAACCAAAUAAAAGUAGCAUGGCAGUUCGGCAACAACUUAGGCAGUCAAAUAAUAAAGCAACUUCAUCUCGCUCCUCCAAGGAAAAGAAUACAGUAAAUGAGGAAGUUAAUAAAUUAAGAUCUGGGGAUUUAACAUCUGUUAGCAUUAAUCAAUUUUUAAACAGUUUAACUGUUCAAUCUCAGUUAAAACAGGAGGAUUUACUUGGGAAACUUAAUGGGAAAGAACUUGCAACGAUAUUAAAAUCAGUGGGAAAGCCAUCCUUUUUGGGAAAGAAAAAAAGCAAGCAAGUUACAACACUGCUUGAAGUUUUAAAAGCUGGAAACAUAACUGUGAAAGAUAUUGACGCAACUUAA